AAAGGGAAGUCUGGGCUGGCGGAGGCCUUUAUAAGUCAAACCCUAGGUCCUUUCUCUCUCUAUUUCUCUCUAGAAAAACAAGCCCUAAGGAAAACCCUAGAGAACAUGUCUGGUGUGUACGGUCACGACGGCGACGAAUCGGGUCAGCCUCCCUCCUCCGGAGGCUACGGCGGUGGCGGUGGAUACGGAGGAGGAGGAUAUGGUGGCGGAGGCGGUGGGGGAGGUUAUGGGGGUAAUAGUGGUGGCGGAGGUGGUGGACGGGGUGGAGGGUACGGUGGCGGUGGGGGCAGAGGAGGUGGUGGAGGAGGAUAUGGGGGUAAUUCACAGAAUCGAGGAGGUGGAGGUGGCGGAGGAUACCAAGGAGGGGAUCGUGGCGGCCGAGGUGGUGGCGGCGGUGGAAGGGGAGGUGGCCGGGGAGGAAGCGGCAGAGAUGGGGAUUGGCUUUGCCCCAAUCCAAGCUGCGGGAAUCUGAACUUUGCAAGAAGAGUUGAGUGUAACAAAUGCGGUGCACCCUCUCCUGCUGGUGCAGGCAGCGAUCGUGGUGGUGGCGGCGGCUAUAACAGAGGAGGAAGUGGUGGGGGAUUUGGUGGUAAUCGAGGGGGAAGAGGUGGUAAUUAUGAGGGUGGCAGUGGAGGCAAUAGAGGUGGUAAUUAUGAGGGUGGUAGUAGAGGGGGUUCUUAUGGUGGUAAUCAGGCAAGAGGUGGGGGUGGAGAUGGUGGUUUUGGACAAGUUCCUCCAGCUGCACCCCAAUCUUAUGGUGGUGGGUCUGCUGGAUAUUAUCCUCCUCCAAAUUCUUUUGGUGGAAACACUAAUUAUGGUGGAGAGGCUGUUCCUCCACCAACAAGCUACACUGGUGGGCCUACAUCGUAUCCCCCAUCAUAUGGCGGCCCUGCGAGUGGUUAUGAUGGUCUAGGUGAUACAAGAGGUGGUGGUCGGGCUGGUCCACCUGCUGGUGGAUAUGAUGGUGGAUUUGGUGGUCCCAGACAACAGGGAGGUGGUUAUGCUGGGGGUGGAGGUGGAGGUGGAGGUGGAGGCAGUACUACUGAGGCCCCUGUUAAGGUGAAGCAAUGCGAUGAAAAUUGUGGGGAUUCUUGUGAUAAUUCAAGAAUUUACAUAUCAAAUUUGCCACCGGAUGUGACUGUUGAUGAAUUGAGAGAGCUUUUUGGUGGCAUUGGACAAGUUGGAAGAAUUAAGCAGAAGCGAGGUUAUAAGGAUCAAUGGCCAUGGAAUAUAAAAAUAUACACUGAUGAAGGUGGAAACAACAAAGGCGAUGCAUGUUUGUCUUAUGAGGAUCCUUCUGCUGCGCAUUCUGCUGGUGGUUUUUAUAACAAUUAUGAAAUGAGGGGCUAUAAAAUCAAUGUUGCAAUGGCAGAGAAGUCUGCACCAAGGGCUCCACCUGCUUUUGGCCAUGGGGGUGGUGGUAGAGGUGGCUAUGGUGGUGGGGACCGGCGCAGAGACAAUUACAGGGACAAUGCAGGUUCUGGUCCAGAUAGACAUCAUCAUGGUGGAAAUCGUUCGCGUCCAUACUGAGAUAACUUCAGCACUGAGCAUUUAAUGUACCUUAAAUUAUGGUCUGAGGGGUUUUAUUAUAUUCCAUUCACCCGGAUUGUUCUUUAACUGGAGACUUAAGAGGUAGGUUGUUCACUUCUCUGAGCAAGACCCCUUUUUCUCCUUUAUCUACUUCUGCUACAUGGAGGGGUUUUUAUUCUUAAGCUUGGGAUUGAUUUAAAUUGUGUGAAUGUUUUUCUAGAGGCAAGUGGAUAAUCUCCAAAUUGCUGCUAUAAGGUAGGUUGAUAUUUUCAGGUGAGUGCUGCUCAAUUGAAUUCUAUCCCUUCUUUCAGAAAUUGACCCAAGAGUGGUGAAAUAUGUGGAGUUAGCUUGCAAUGUAGCCUUAUGCUUGCAUUUUCAGGUGGCACUAAUAGAGUACUUUAAUUGCAUGGAUGUGUAGGACAUUGUUUCUGAAAUUCUAAUUUGCUAUAGAAUUCCUCUAGCCUGUCCUUUCUAAACGUCUAAUUUACUGGAGAAUUUAUAGUUGAAUUGAGCAUUUUGCUUUGGAACUCA